GUAAUUCCUAGAGUCUCCCAUCGUUCUGUGUGGGAAAACGUGUUUCCCAAUCUUCAUUCAUCUUUUGGUCGGAGUGUGUUUGCCAGAACGUGUGAAUCAUGAAUCGCAUCUAGGUGAACAUCAUCUAGCUUUGCUUCGUAGAUAGUUUAACUAAUUAAUUUGUUUUCAGUUAAUUGUAUCUAACCAUCAUGCAUCUAUUGCUGUUAUUUUCUACUUUUUUAACAUUCGGAUUAGUUUUUACCACGGAACUCUGCAAGGAGAAGGAAUGGUACGACGAUAUGACAGGUAAAUGCCGUAGGUGCGAACCUUGCAUGGAUAAGUCAUGGGAGGUAGCCCCCUGCACGGCGUUCAUGAAUACGAUGUGCGUAGAUCUUGCUGAGAUUAGUCGUUCAUUGGUAAAUAACAUUAAGGCUGGAGAGAAGGCUAUUAAUGAGGAAUUAAAAGUUGAACGUAAACAACAAUGGCAUGAAAUGGAAGGUAGCGAUGUAAACAAGCCUGCACCAGACAAUGUAAAUGAAAUUCCCGUGACCAAGAAUUUAUUCGAUGGCUCUUUUGAUCAGUGGGACAUGUUGUUUAUGACGAUAUUAUGUCUGCUGUUUUUGUUUUUUGUUGUGUUCCUCAUUAUGGGUACUGUUAGAUAUUACGGAAAUCCGCUUCAGUGGGAUCACAGUAAGGUGACUAGAGCUAGAUGGUUUUCAAGAGAUAGAUUGAACACUACCGAAUAUAUGAACAAUCUGGCUACUUUGGACAGAAGACUGACCCUGGAUGAAAUCCUGGAAAAAAAGAAACGCGCUGCCAUAUUUGAGCCGCAACUAUUGAACGAAAACCUUUACUCGGACGAGGUAUUUGUUGACAUUUCCGGCCUCCCACGCAACUUAAGAAACAGUCACGAUUAUGAAGAAAUUGAUCACAAGAAGUGCUUAUUGGAGAUGCAAGAUCGUCAGUAGGACACAAUUCUGCCUUCCAUUCAUAUAUACCUGUAAUAAUUUAUGGACUUCUAUUUUUUUUGAGGAAAAAAAACAAACAAACUUAUAACUCUUAAUAAACAUAACAAAGAGUGAACAGAAAAAGUAUAAGUAAUCUCCGUAAUGCAUUUAAUGCGAAAAACAUAGCUCUGCAACUAUUUAUUUUUAAAUAAAUUUAAAAAAAAUCUUAUUGAAACCAAGUGAAUGUUGAAAUGGAAUAUUUAAUGGAAUGUUUUACAAAUUUAAUUGCACACGACAAAUUUUCUUUGCACAAAGAGUAAAAGUGAGAUUAAAAUAGUAGGCGCCAAGUGUGUGUAGCUUCAAAUUAUGUGGAAUGGUUUUGAUAUUUUUUUAAUUUAAUACAAGAACUAUGUCUAUUUUCGUGGAAAAAUUAUUACAUAAAUCAGUUAAAAUAAGCAAACUCGCAAAUUUAAAGAGUAGAUAAAAUAACCCUUUUCUCAAAGCAAUUAUUUUAACUUUAGUUUUUAUGGAAACAUAUUUAAAAAAAAAAAAUGAAAAUUCAUUUAAUGGCAUUUAUAAAUUUUAUCAUUAUUAGUUUUUGCCUCAACUGAAUAAAGCUGUAUUUUUUUCUUUACUAGUAUUAAAAAAAUAUAGGACAACUGUAUAUAUUUUUUUAAAAAGAAAUGUAAAAUUAGCUUUAAAAUUUUGCACAAUUUAAAAUAAGGCUCAACUUAGGGAGUGGUAAAAUAAGCGACGGCUUAGAUUCAUAAAUUUGGAGUCUCAAAAAAUCAGUUUAAUUCAAGACUUCAUUUAAGUUGAUUUAAUUUUAAAAUUGCAACUAUUAUUAAUGUAUUUAAAAUGUCUAUAACAUAAAAAGAAUUUUAAAUUGAGCAAAACUUCAAAGAUAAUUUUGACAUGUUUAGACAAUCUGUAGGUUGGGUUGCCCCAUAAUUUAACUUUAAGUAUCAGCUUUAAAUAACAGCACUAAAUAAAAUUCAUUACUAGGGGCCAAAAUAAAUUUGCAGAUUGAGGAUUUAGUUGGAGUUGGUCACAGCAUCACCUGCGAUAAAUUAACGUUCGGCUGAACAUUAAGGAAGGCCUAUUCUAACACAGAAAAAAGUUGGCAGCUUUUUUUGGUAUUCUAUUUUUCUCUUGGGAAGGCAUGAAUAAUCUCAGUAUCCUCUUAAUGCCAUCAACUCUACAAUUUUAAAUACAAAACGACUAGAAAAAAUUCAAAUAUUAUUUUAGAAUAAUAUAAAACUACCACUUUAUAAUGGUUGAUGUGUACCUAAAAGGUUUAGAUAAAGUUUAAUAUUUACUAAAAAUUUUCCAUUAAAAAUGCUGAUUACUAAACUAAAAGUGAGAAAAGUAAUAAUAUUUUUGAAAACUUUUGUAAGAUAAACGCAUUUAUGUAAAUGAACAUCUGAAAUUUCAAUUUUCUGAAUAAUGUAGAUAAAAUGAUUUAUAGGUUAUCGUCUUUGCACUUUUUAAGCUAAAACUAAUGCAUUUACAAAGUUGCAAACGACAAGAUUUUCCAAAACCUAUAUUGUUUUGAUUACAAACUUUAAAAAAAAACUACUUAAUAAGUCCAAUAUAUGGUUUUAUGGUGAACUUUUUUACAUUGUGUAGGAUCCUUUUUAGUACUGUCUUGAAAACUAUUAAUUUUAAUCCAUAUUUUUCUGCAUUUUUUUAAGAAAUUUUUUUUGUUUGGAUAUUUAUAAACUUCGAAAAUUCUUAUCUUUAUGCAAAAAAAUAUAUUGAAAUUUAUUUUUAAAUGUUUAAUUAUGCAUUUUAACAUUAUAAAAAAAUAUUUCCAUCAUUAUAAUUUUCCGAGGUAAAAUAGCUCCCGGGCUAUUGAAAAGCUUCACUACAGGUUUGCAUCUUUGUGCCUGUUACUAUGUAAAAAAUUAAUAAAUCACUUUAUGUGUCUUAUUUUUGUAUAAAUUUUUUUGAUAUUUUUUUAAUCCAAAUCUUGCAACUGGCAAGAAAUUGUACUAUUGAUAUCAAAAAUUAACACAAAAUGAAAUACUACUAAGUAAACUAAAUUAGCCUGCUCUAACUAAAUUAGUAAUAGUGAUAAUUUUUUUGAUUGAUUUGUUAAAAUUUAGAUUCCUAUUUGUGUUUUAUGAACAUAUCAUUCAGUGAUGAAAUUUUAAGUUAAGAUAAAAAAAUGUAAACUUAAAUUUAGAUAGUAAAUGUUUCUGAAUGAAAAAUGUUCGUUUUCUGUGAUUUGUUUAAAUGUUUGCCAUCUAUUUUUUAAUUUUAUGUAAUAUUUGUUCCUUUUUUUUAUAAAAGUUUUGUAAAUUAUGAUUCUGAA